AAAAGACUUUAACUCAAAUUUGACACACCAACGCAAAUAGUCUACAAUUAGCCAAGAUCAACCGAUCUUUUUUGACUUUCCUUGCUUUUAUAAAUGUCUAUAUAUAGAGAGUAAUGAUGGAGAAGCAAUAUUAAGAAACAAUACAGCAACUAACCACCACAACAACAACAAACAUUAUGAGUACUGAAAAACUAAUAGAUAGGAAACAUUAUGUUCUUGUACAUGGUGUAUGCCAUGGUGCUUGGUGUUGGUACAAGGUCAAGCCGCGGUUAGAAUCUGCUGGUCACCUUGUCACAGUACUUGAUCUUGCAGCUUCUGGAACUAACUUGAAGAAAAUUGAAGAUGUUAAUACAAUUUCAGAAUACUCUGAACCUUUGUUGCAGCUAAUGGCCACAAUUCCACCAAAUGAAAAGGUGAUUCUUGUUGGUCAUAGCCUUGGGGGACUUAACAUAGCUCUUGCAAUGGAACAGUUUCCAGAAAAGGUAGCAGUUGGUGUUUUCUUAACAGCUGUUGCUCCUGAUAUUGAUCACAAUGCAUCUUAUGUAUUGGAAAAGUUUAUUGAGAGUAUUCCCGCGGCUGAAUGGUUGGACACUGAAAAUUUCCAGAGUGGAAGCAAAAAAUCUAUGUUGUUUGGUCCCAAAUUCUUGUCCAAUAAGCUCUAUCAACAAUCCUCCACUGAGGAUCUUGAAUUGGCCAAGACUUUAUUGAGGCCAGGGUCCCUCUUUAUUGAAGACUUGAUUCAGCAAAAGAACUUAUUCUCCAAACAGGGUUAUGGCUCAGUUCCACGUGCUUUUGUUGUUUGCAAAGAUGACCUUGGAAUUCCAUUGAAAUUUCAACACUGGAUGAUCCAAAAUGCUGGAAUUAAUGAUGUACUUGAGAUCAAAGGCGCAGAUCAUAUGGCUAUGCUUUGCAAGCCACAACAACUAUAUGAUUCUCUCAAUCAGAUAUCUACUAAAUACACAUGAAGUCAUGAAGUGGUUUUAGGUUUAUGUGUUUGAAUUAUAGGAAUAGAAUAAUGCUGACAAUACUUUCUCUAAUACACAAUUUGUAUGAGAUCUACACAAUUUUGUGUGACUCAAAUAAAUUUUAACUAGUAAUAAUGUGUUAAAAAGUGUGUUGCAUGUAUAUAUACAUCUUUAAGCAAA